GUUGGUGUAGAAAUUGAUUAUUGACCAUCAACCAUUCCACCACCACGCCCCAGUUUGACCUGACCCUCGACCUAGAGGGCGCCUGCUGGAUUGGCGACCGGAAUGGAGUUGAAGGGAUAUAUGAGGCCUUCUUAAACCAGAUGAAAGCCGGGUAUGUACCUAUCUCUGGAUGUGCGCGACCUAGGUACCUAGGUUGGAAGCUUUGGCAAAGCUGGACCACUUGUACCCUGAACCUUUCCUGGAGUCAACACCCAGGGAUACCACCUCAAGGCAACGUCCUUACUAAGUACAUGAUGGAGUCAUUAGAAGUGUAAGGCAAAGAGUAAAGAAUGAGACCUCCCCCGUUUUAACUAAAUGC